AUCCCAGAGACCGAAACAACAGACAGGGACACGGAGGGUGGAGUACAGGAAGCUGCUGGCCCUCAAAUCUCACCAUGGCCGAAAUCUAACCACUACAAAACUCUCCGUUUCUGUUUAUCUUCGGGUUUUUUUCCCCCCCAAACUGCGGAUAAUCUAGGCGACAUUUUUUUUCUGGAUCGGUCGGAGAUUGAAUCGAGGAGCUCAUCAUGUCUCGGGGAGUGAUCCAGCCCAGCCAGCAGAAACUGGCGGAGAAACUCACCAUCCUCAACGACAGAGGCGUCGGGAUGUUGACCCGUGUUUACAAUAUCAAAAAGCAAGGACAAGUUUGGAAGGCCUGUGGCGACCCCAAGGCAAAACCCUCCUACCUUGUUGACAAAAACCUGGAGUCUGCUGUUAAAUUUAUAGUUAGGAAGUUCCCUGCUGUGGAGACACGCAACAAUAACCAACAGCUGGCUCAGCUGCAGAAAGAGAAGUCUGAGAUCCUGAAGAACCUGGCUCUCUACUACUUUACCUUUGUGGAUGUCAUGGAGUUCAAGGACCACGUGUGUGAGCUGCUGAACACGAUCGACGCCUGCCAGGUCUUCUUUGACAUUACGGUGAACUUUGACCUGACCAAGAACUACCUGGAUCUGGUGGUGACGUACACAACUCUGAUGAUAAUCCUGUCUCGCAUCGAGGAGAGGAAAGCCAUCAUAGGACUGUACAACUACGCCCACGAGAUGACACACGGAGCCAGUGACAGGGAGUACCCCAGGCUGGGCCAGAUGAUCGUUGACUAUGAGAACCCUUUGAAGAAGAUGAUGGAGGAGUUUGUUCCCCAUGGAAAGUCCCUGUCGGAGGCCCUGAUCAGCCUUCAGGUGGUUUAUCCUCGGAGGAAUCUGUCUGCUGACCAGUGGAGGAACGCCCAGCUGCUCUCGCUCAUCUCUGCUCCCUCCACGAUGCUCAACCCGGCUCAGUCCGACACUAUGCCUUGUGAAUACCUGUCUCUGGACGCAAUGGAGAAGUGGAUUGUGUUCGGGUUCAUCCUGUGUCACGCGGUGCUGAACAACGACGCGGCAGCCUUGUCUCUGUGGAAGCUGGCCCUGCAGAGCUCCACCUGCCUCUGUCUGUUCAGGGAUGAGGUCUUCCACAUCCACAAGGCUGCAGAGGACCUGUUCGUGAACAUCAGGGGAUACAACAAGCGCAUCAAUGACAUCAGGGAGUGCAAAGAACAGGCACUGUCUCAUGCAGGCUCCAUGCACAGAGAGAGACGCAAGUUCCUCCGAUCAGCUCUGAAGGAGCUGGCUACAGUUUUAGCUGACCAGCCUGGGCUCCUUGGUCCAAAGGCGCUUUUUGUGUUCAUGGCGUUGUCGUUCGCCCGAGACGAAAUAAUCUGGCUGCUUCGACACGCCGACAACAUCCAGAAGAAAAGCACUGACGAUUUCAUCGACAAAACUUGUCAGUUUGCCCAGAGGAUGAAUCUAUAAUCAUGUCUUCGUUUGUCAACACCAUGACCUCCCUCAGUGUCAAACAAGUUGAAGAUGGAGACGUGUUUGACUUCAGAGGCAUGAGGUUGGACUGGUUCAGACUCCAGGCCUACACCAGUGUUUCUAAAGCCAGUCUUGGCAUUGCUGACCACAAGGAGCUUGGUAAAAUGAUGAACACCAUCAUCUUUCAUACAAAGAUGGUGGACUCCCUGGUGGAGAUGCUAGUAGAGACAUCAGACUUGUCUAUUUUCUGUUUCUACAGCCGAGCAUUUGAAAAAAUGUUCCAGCAGUGCUUGGAGCUUCCCUCCCAAAGUCGACACUCAAUCUGUUUUCCUCUGCUCUGUGCACACUUCAUGUCCUGCACACAUGAGCUCUGUCCGGAGGAGCGUCACCACAUUGGAGAUCGAAGCCUGUCACUGUGCAACAUGUUCCUGGAUGAGAUGGCCAAACAGGCCCGGAACCUGAUCACUGACAUCUGCACUGAGCAGUGUACACUCAGCGACCAGCUCCUUCCUAAGCACUGUGCAAAAACCAUCAGCCAGGCUGUGAACAAGAAGAGCAAGAAGGCCACAGGGAAGAAGGGAGAGCCUGAGAGGGAGAAACCAGGAGUGGAGAGCAUGAGGAAGAACCGACUUCUGGUCACCAAUCUAGAUAAACUCCACACAGCAUUAUCUGAACUCUGCUUCUCCAUCAACUACGUUCCCAACCUGGUGGUGUGGGAGCACACCUUCACACCCAGAGAGUACCUCACCUCCCACCUGGAGAUCCGAUUCACCAAGUCUAUCGUUGGAAUGACCAUGUACAACCAGGCUACUCAGGAGAUAGCCAAGCCCAGUGAGCUGCUGACCAGUGUCCGGGCCUACAUGACGGUGCUGCAGUCCAUAGAGAACUACGUGACCAUCGACAUCACUCGGGUCUUCAACAACGUGCUCCUGCAGCAGACGCAGCACCUGGACAGCCACGGCGAGCCCACCAUAACCAGCUUAUACACAAACUGGUACUUGGAGACGUUGCUCCGUCAGGUCAGUAACGGACACAUUGCUUAUUUUCCUGCCAUGAAGGCCUUCGUCAACCUGCCCACUGAGAACGAGCUGACUUUCAACGCUGAGGAAUACUCUGACAUCUCAGAGAUGCGUUCGCUGUCAGAGCUGCUGGGGCCGUACGGCAUGAAGUUCCUCAGUGAGAGUCUGAUGUGGCACAUCGCAUCGCAGGUUUCUGAGCUGAAGAAGCUGGUGGUGGAGAACAUGGAGGUGUUGACCCAGAUGAGGACGAGCUUUGACAAACCAGACCACAUGGCUGCCCUCUUUAAGAAACUCACCUCUGUGGACAGCGUGUUGAAGAGGAUGACCAUCAUCGGAGUCAUCCUGUCCUUCCGCUCUCUGGCUCAGGAAGCUCUGAGAGACGUGUUGUCGUGUCACAUUCCCUUCCUGGUCAGCUCAGUGGAGGAUUUUAAGGACCACAUUCCCAGAGAGACGGACAUGAAGGUGGCCAUGAACGUCUACGAGCUGUCCUCAGCUGCAGGGCUACCCUGUGAGAUCGACCCGGCCCUGGUGGUGGCGCUCUCGUCUCAGAAGAGCGAGAACAUCAGUCCAGAGGAGGAGUAUAAAAUCGCCUGUCUCUUGAUGGUGUUUGUUGCUGUUUCUUUGCCAACGCUCGCCAGCAACGUGAUGUCUCAGUACAGCCCCGCCAUCGAGGGCCACUGCAACAACAUCCACUGCCUGGCCAAAGCCAUCAACCAGAUCGCUGCUGCGCUCUUCACCAUCCACAAGGGCAGCAUCGAGGACCGCCUCAAGGAGUUCCUAGCUCUGGCCUCCUCCAGCCUGCUGAAGAUCGGCCAGGAAACAGACAAGAUGACAACACGUAACAGAGAAUCUGUUUACCUGCUGCUGGACAUGAUUGUGCAGGAGUCUCCCUUCCUGACCAUGGACCUGCUGGAGUCCUGCUUCCCCUACGUCCUGCUGCGAAACGCCUACCACGCUGUGUACAAACAGAGCAUCAGCGCCAGCGCAUGAACAGCCGGGCCCACGUCCGGGUGGUCCCAGCUCUCUCAUGUAACACUACCAGACUACACUAAAUACAAACUAAACACACUAAUCACUUUUCUGACAUGUGUAACACACUAAGAGUAGCUGAAACUACAAAAUAAAC